GUGUGUGAUUGUUGCAGCCAAAAAACGCUUGAUUUUGCUGCGUCUUUUUGCAAAAUUUGCGACGCAACUUGCAAGGUUUUUUUGUGCUUCUUCUCUCAGAACACUACUCGAAUUGCAGAAAUUGCGAUUGCACGGCCUUUCACAGCGAUGUUUGUUGCUAAAUAAAGACCUUUUAGCUGUACUCAUGUUCGAUGCGCACGAAUCGAAGACGGCUUUGGCUGAAUGCGCGUUGUGAUAACGUCGCGAUGCGUUUUGCAUCACAAAUUUGCGGAAAUUGUGGGAAAAAUUUGUUGGAUUUGGCGCUAAUUUCUGCAUUCGCAAAACUGCGGAAUCCUGGAGGGACUGAAUAACAAACACUACACCGUAGGUAAUUAAUUGUAGUUCAUACGUGAAGAAGGAAAAACGAGUAUCGCAAUUCACUACAAACAAAAGACAAGCACCAAACUAUUUCACUUCCUGUUCCUCGAGCGUUUUUCAGACGCGAUUCCUUUAACAAAUCUUUAGCUAGCAAACCAGCCUUAUUAUUGUUGUGAACUUUAUUUAAAAUCCUACUGUAAGCUACAUCUAGAUCAUUAUUGUGUACUUGUUUUAUGGCAGUGGAUCAUGGCAGGAUUUUAGGUGAACCGUGAAGUGAUUACAACAGCAAGAAUGGAAUAAAAUCCUUUAUUUUCUUUCUUCAGCAUGUCUCAGAGGAGCAAACCGUCCUCGAGUCAAAAUUCCUCCUCCGGUUCCUCUCCUCCAUCAGAUCCUCCAUUACGCUCGGCUUUGAAAAGCAGCACUAAAGAAUCUAAAGCUGAGAAUCUGAAAAGAAAAAUAAGCCAGAGCUCUGUAACGGCGUACACGUCCUUCCUGAACACGCUGUUCGGACAGGACAGAAAGCUGAUGCCGGAGGAGCUGGAUGAGCUGCAACUAGCCUUUAAGGAGUUUGAUUAUGAUCAGGACGGAUAUCUGCACUAUAAAGACGUAGCGGACUGCAUGAGGACGAUGGGGUACAUGCCAACAGAGAUGGAGCUGAUUGAGAUCAUCCAGCAGAUCAAGAUGAAAUGGGGCGGUCAUGUAGAUUUCGAUGAUUUCUGCGACCUCAUGGGUCCGAGGAUGCUGAUGGAGACGGCUCACAUGGUUGGAGUGCGAGAGCUGCACUGUGCUUUCAAACAGUUUGACUGUAAUGGAGACGGAAGGAUCAGCUUCGAGGAGCUGAAGGAGUCGAUGAAGACGCUGCUGGGUGAAAAGCUGAAGAAGGGAGAGCUGGAGGAGAUUCUGUCUGACAUCGACCUCAACGGAGACGGAACCGUGGACUUUGAUGAGUUCGUGAUGAUGCUGUCGGCUCGGUGACGUCCUUCUGGAGGUCCAGUGAAACGUUUCGGCUUUAAACUCACCUCAUUAUUAAAUA